AUGGUCCCCUCAGAAGCUCGCCUCAACAUCAUAAUCGUAGGCGCAGGCCUGAGCGGCAUAGCAACAGCCAUCUCAGCCGCCCUAUCAGGCCACUCAGUGACAGUAAUCGAGCAAGCAAAAGAGCUAGCAGAAGUCGGAGCUGGCCUACAGAUCACACCCAAUGCAUCCCUACUACUGAAGUACUGGAACCUGCCACAGUCGCUAUGGGAUGCAGCCGCCGAGCCGACAAAGCUUACCGUACACAAAUAUUCCGGCGAGCUCCUCGCGCAUGAGGAAAACUUCGACAAGAAUAUCCGCGCAAAGUAUAACAAUGCCCCCUUCGUGGACCUCCACCGCGUCGAUCUACAACAGGCAUUAUUCGCCCGCGCACAGGAGCUUGGUUGUACAUUCCAUAUGAGUCAAAAGGUUGAUCAGAUCGACUUUGAGACCACGAGUGUGCACACCCUGGCCCGGGAAGUGUAUACGGGUGAUUUGAUCAUUGCCGCUGAUGGGCUCUGGUCGCGGUGUCGGGAGGCAUUUGUGGGGAAGAAAGAUGAGCCACUUCCUACGGGCGAUCUUGCCUAUCGGAUUGUGUUGAGUGCCGAGCAAAUUUCUGAUCCUGAGUUGAGGGCGAUGGUUGAGAAGCCCGAGGUUCAUUUCUGGGCUGGGCCGGGCGCGCAUGCUGUUGCGUAUUCGUUGCGUGGGGGGAAGAUGUUCAAUAUCGUGCUUCUUGUGCCGGAUAAUCUUCCUCCAGGGGUUUCGAGGCAGGCUGGGUCUGCUGAGGAGAUGAGGGAGUUGUUUGUUGGUUGGGAUCCGAUUGGAGACGCCUGUCACCCCAUGCUCCCAUACCUAGCCCAAGGCGCAAACUCCUCCCUGGAAGACGGCGCAGUUCUAGGCCUGCUACUGGGCCACAUGACAAACAGGGCUCAACUCCCGCGGAUCUUGCGACUGUACGAGAGUAUGCGCAAAUCGCGAGGAGAAUCGAUUGUCAAGGAGACAUUCAAACAAAGAAACGAUUUCCACAUGAAAAAUGGCCCAGAACAAGAAAGGCGCGAUGAAGUCUUCCUCUCGCAAUUGGGCAAGGAGAUCAAGGGUGCUUUCCCGAGUCGAUGGACAUGUCCCGAGGUUCAGCCAUGGCUGUAUGGCUACGAUGCCAUCAAGGAAGUUGAAACAGCCGUGUGGAAGAAUCCCGAUGUAUUCGCUUCCACUUCCUCGCGCCCCAAGUCAAUAGCAAAGGUCGCUGAAUAUUGA